AUGCAAAUGCAAAUGCUAAAGACUACUCUAACUCUAACAAUGUAUAACCCAACCGUAACCUCUUACCAUUAUAUCUUAAAAUCUAAUCAUGGAUACCACCAUCUUUCAACGGCUGCAUUCGAAGCCACGCUCGGUCGGUUCGACAACGAUGAUGCCGACACGAUAACGAACACGAACGCCUGCUCUGUCAUCGACACUGGCAUAGACAACGAUGAAGUAGGCCAGUCACGACCACGACGAAAUGACGGCGAUGGCGCGAUCAGCUUGAAAACUCGCCAUUGCCGUUAUCUUUACCGAAACUACGCAAUGAGCUUGCUGAAAAAAAGCAAGCCAUUUUCCAAGAAGUUCACUGAAGAGGCCAAGGACAAGUCGAUGACCGAAAGCAAAGCGGUCAUGGGCUAUUGUGUCUUGUUGGCACAGAUAAUGGAUGGGUUGGUGUCCGAAAGCAAGCCUGCUUUGCCAUUGAUGACGAACACAAACGCCCGACAGACAACCACAACGGGACACAUACGCACUCAUAAUUUAGCAUAUUCGUUUUAA